GGCUCUGUACGUAGAGAGGGUGCCGCCAUUUUGCCAUCGCCUAUAACCGCGAGAAGAGCUUUCCGCUGUAGUGCCGCCCCUACCGUCCUUUGAGAGCUUCGCGGUGCCCGGCGAGAGGGAUCCAGACGGUGGCGGGGAAGGAUCAUGAUUCCUUGGUUGGCGCAUGCCCGGCGAGGGCUUUUGGGGGCCGGCUUGGGGUAAGAAGUCGCAGGCCGGGGUGGAAAGGGCUGGGUUGGUCGGGAGGAAAGUUCUGGAGGUUCAGUUUGGGAGGGCUACUGUUGGGGAUGCCAGGCGGCUUGUCUCCCUUCAAGGCCCUUUUGCCUUUAAAAUUUGCAGGGAAGGCAGAAAACCAACAGGUGGAGCAUCUGCCAUCGCUGGGCAGGCUGCUAUUGGGGAGCCAGGUGGUUUGUCUCUCUUCAAGGCCCUUCUGCCUUUGAAGUCAGUAGGUAAGGCAGAAAUCCAACAGGUGGAGCAUCUGCCAUCACUGGGCAGGCUGCUGUUGGGGAUGCCAGGCGGUUUGUCUCCCUUCAGAGCUCUUCUGCCUUUAAAAUUUGCAGGGAAGGCAGAAAUCCAACCAGUGGAGCUUUCACCCAUGCCUCCAUGCUGGGGGACGUCUGUACCCCGUGAUUCUAUUAACGAUUUGCAGUAUCGUGGAUGCACAAGCUAGUGGAAAAAAGUGGCGGACUAAGACUUGGGAAGAUCCAGGUUCGAAUCCCUAUUUGGCCAUGCUCAAUGACCUCCACCCAGUCGCUCGUGUGCAAUCUCUCAAGCAGGGAUCUUGAGAGGCAACUUUUGGGCUGGGUUUGUGGCCCACCAGAAAUAGCUGAGUACCACCACCUCAGUCACUUUGGGCGCUGCUCCCCGAUUCAGAAGCUGCGCCCCCCCUUCUUUAGUACAAUAAUCUGUUUAUCUCAAGAACACGGGAUGAGAGCCUCCUUUGGGCUUUAUCAGCCUGACUGAGAGAGUAAAGUGAUUUAGUUAAAGGAUGGACCCAUAGAUCUUUGUGGGUGAGAGCCCUGCAGAAAGUCCCAGGUUCAGUCUCAGACAUCUUCCAUUAAAAGCAUCCUAGGUAGCAGGUUUGGGAAAAUGCUCCUUACCUCAGCCCAUCUGGAACUACUGGCAGUAGCACACAGCAUUUUAAAGACACUGUGAGAAACUCGGCUAGAUGGGUCAUUGGUCUGAUCCAGCAGGCUCUUAUGGUCUUAAAACCUGCUCAAUGGGAACACUGCUUCCACCAGGUUAUCUCAGAUGACCGUGCUGGAUACAUAGCAGAUUCAUAUGUUCAUACAGCUUUAUUAUUAUUAUUAUUUAUACCCCACUCAUCUGGCUGGGUUUCCCCAGCCACUCUGGGCGGCUUCCAACAAAAGAUUAAAAAUACAUUAAAACAUCAGUCACUAAAAACUUCCCUAAGCAGGGCUGCAUUCAGAUGUCUUCUAAAUGUCAGAUAGUUGUUAGUUUCUUUGACAUCUGAUGGGAGGGCGUUCCACAGGGCGGGUGUCAUUUCAUUACCAACUUCCCCCAACUUGGUGCCCUCCAGAUGUUUUGAACUGCAGCUCCCAUCAGCCCCAGCCAGCAGUUGUAGUCCAAAACUACACCAAGGAUACCAAGUUAGGGAAGGCUGAUAACUCACAACUGCACAUUUAACUUCUGCACAUUCAGCUCUAUGUGCUUGGCAAAAAUAAAAGGGGGCAGGCAUCUGGAGGGGGCGACGACUUUGGCAAUCCCCACCCCCAUUGCAUCCAAUGUGUUCCAGCUAUACACAAGUUUAGCUUUAUGCACUAUUCUUGGAACGCAGACUUUGCAUAAGCUGAGAAUUGUCUGUAGUUCAGUACAGUGGUACAGUACCUCAGGUUACAGACGCUUCAGGUUACAGACUCCGCUAACCCAGAAAUAGUACCUCGGGUUAAGAACUUUGCUUCAGGAUGAGAACAGAAAUAGUGCUCCGGCAGCGCGGCGGCAGCAGGAGGCCCCAUUAGCUAAAGUGGUACCUCAGGUUAAGAACAGUUUCAGGUUAAGAACGGACCUCCGGAACGAAUUAAGUACUUAACCCGAGGUACCACUGUAGUAUUUCAGAGACAUCUCUUUCCCUUCCAGAUGCUACCAAAUUUCUCGUCUGUUGGGGGAAAGGUGACAGAACCACUAAUACUGUUUUGUUGUGUAGGUAGGUAGACCAGGGAUGAAGAUAUUACAGCCCAGGUCUUGUGAAGAACCACCUUGACCUAUAUAACCCUGCCCAUACACUUGAGAUCUACCAAGGGUCCUCCUUCAGUGCCUGCCUUUUAGGAUGGUGAUCAAAGGAGAUGGGCGCUACUCAGCAAGGGUCCUGAAACAAUCAUGGACUUUCCCCUUCAGCUCUGGCACUUGGGAGGCCUUUUGAACACCUUCCUCUUCAUGGCUGCCUUUAAUUGAUAUCCAUCCAUCGCUUGCAUCUCUGGAGCAGAUUCUCCUAUUCUUCUGCUGCAACUUUUUAUUAAGCACUCAACUCUUUUUGAGGGCACCGUUGCACUUACCAGCAGGUUAAAAAAUGCUAUUAAACCCAAUCAAAUAUUUUAAAAUCCCCAGAGCUGUGAGAGGCAUUGGUGUUUUUUUGGUUGGUUUGUUUUUUAAAAUCCUCCCAGCUCUUCUCAUGUCACAGGAAUUGGUGGCUAUUGCAGCAAGGCCGUUGGUUCACAUGGAAACGCUUGCAAUCUGCUGAAGCGAUAGCAAUCUCUUCCUCUCCAUCCUGUUCAGCAAGGUUAUAGAUGAGCCCGUUUAAUUAAUUGCUAGGAGUGGUUGCACAAUGUUGCGUGGUUGGACAAGGUCUGCAGAUGAACUUCUUUUGUGGGUGAUAUUCUUAAUUGUAUACGCUCUUCAUAACGUAUGCUGUUGAAGUAGCAAUACAGACUUGCAGUGAAAAUGGCCCUCUUCCUAUUGAAGUGACAAGGCAUGGGUUCCCCCACCCCCAUCCCAUUCAUUCUAGACAUCCUUGAAUUAAGAAGGUGUUUUCAGGGAGUGGGUGUUAAAAUACACAACUGAUUGCCCUUUUUAUUAUUCUUGACUAGUAUUUCAAGUGAUGUCUGGUUUUUAAUUCCCUCUUUUGGUGCGCUGGAAUGACAAUCGUAAAUGUCUUACAAAUGUAUCAAACAAUUCUGCUGGCCUUUUGAAAACCACUUUGGGGGGGGAAGCCUUGUAAGGUGGGUCAGUUUGAAAAUCAACAGUGAGGCUUUGAUCUAUAUAUUUUCUCUCUAUGUGGACCAAUUGUUGAUUUAUUUACUACUUUAAAAAAACAAGAACAAACCCUUAAGCAUCCUCCAAAUCGUUCAGGGCAGUAUAUGUGAGUUUUCUUCUCUUACCCUUGCUCCUCCUCGUUUUAUUCUCACAACUGCCCUGCAUGGUAGAUCAUUUACAAGUACUUUCCUGUUCAAUUGGACCAAGACAGCUAUCAAAUCCAGAAUCCAAUUCUCACAGUAGCCACCCAGAUACCUGUAGGAAGUUAGGAAGCAAGACUUGAGUGUGACAUCGCUCUCCCCACUUGUGAUUUCCAGCAGCAACUGGUAUUCGGAGGCUUCACUGCAUCUUGUGGGAGCGAGUCCCAGAGUUUAGCCCAGUGCUGCAUGCAGAAGUACUUCAUGCCUUUCUGUCCUGAAUCAUCCAACUUUCAGCUUCGCUGGGCAGUCCCUAGGCUCUAGUAUUAUGCAAUUAGGAGGAGGGGAGCAAAAAUCCAUCUAUUUCCUUUCUUCAUGCCACGAGAGAGUGUGAUGGGCUUAGGCUACCCAGUGAGCGCAAUUGCAGGACUUGAACCCUCCCACUGUGGCCUCCUGCAUAGACAAAAUGGCAGUAUCCACACUCGGGAAGGAUGCUUUGGUGAAAUUGAGUGAGCUUCAGAAGUACAAAAUAACUUGUGGAAGGAGGGAGAUUGCUUGGUAGUCACAGAAUACUCAGGGGUAGGGGAAAGAGAGGGGGGGGCUAGAGGAGAUGGAACAGAAGGGAACCUAGAAGGGGGAACAUCCUGGAAAGGCAUAGCUGGGCACCCUGAAAAGGAACACUGCACUGCAACAUUUUUGUUGCAGGUACAAAUUUUGCCUUUUAAAAGUGCCCCCAUCCUUUAAAUCGAGCGACUAUCAGCAGGUGGAAUUUGAUUGGCCAGUCCUGAAAAUUAAUUUUUAAAACUCCGUCAGCCUACUGUGUUGUUGUUUUUUCAGUCACUGCUCUAGCUCUGCUAACCUGCAACCUCCGGCUUCUCUCUCCUUAUGGCAACUGCAGGGUUACCCUGUCUCGCGGUGUGCAGACAAGUAUCCAGAGACUUCAAGGGCAAACUGGGAAUUCCGCCAGCCCAGCUGCUGAAGAAGAGGCAGAAGCUGCGAACAACAGCGACUUCAGGUGAGGCGUCGUUUUGCGCGGUUUCGAAAAAAGGCAUGAGGCACUGCUGUUGUGACAUUCAGAGGGCCCAGUAUCCUGUGACCCAAAGGGACCACCUUAAGGAACACGCAGAAACCAUAGGAAAUUUGAAAACAGAUUUCUGGAGUCCCUUUCCAGAAGAUCGCUUAUUGAUCUCGGCUCUUCUGGAGUUGCGUCUUUCUGCCUGUGGUUGCAAACAGCCUUUAGAAUUGUGUGAAAUGCUUUGAAAUUGUUUUGUUUGCAGCUUAGUCUCACAUGUUUCAACUGAACUUCAGGGAGAGAGACAGUGUGCACCCAGGAGGUCCCAGUUUGCACACAUCCCUCUCCUCCUUCACCCAGUGUUUGUGGUCCUGGCAGUGACUUCGCUCCUGCUGUGUGCCUGUUCUUCUUUAGUGUCCAUGCAAAGACAGAGUGAAGGGAUGCGGGUGGCGCUGUGGGUAAAACCACUGAGCCUAGGGCUUGCCAAUCAGAAGGUCGGCGGUUCGAAUCCCCGCGACAGGGUGAUCUCCCGUUGUUCAGUUCCAACUCCUGCCCACCUAGCAGUUCGAAAGCACGUCAAAGUGCAAGUAGAUAAAUAGGUACUGCUCCGGCGGGAAGGUAAACGGCAUUUCCGUGCGCUGCUCUGGUUCGCCAGAAGCAGCUUAGUCAUGCUGGCCACAUGACCCGUAAGCUGUACACCGGCUCCCUCGGCCAAUAAAGCGAGAUGAGCGCCGCAACCCCAGAGUCGGUCACGACUGGACCUAAUGGUCAGGGGUCCCUUUACCUUUAAAGACAGAGUGAGAGCUAGGAGGACUGCCCUCACUCUGAUUUGGCUUCAGGUGUCACUGUGCUGCCAAGCCUCUGAAUUUUGCAGUGUGAUACAAAACCACUCUGAGGGACGGUACCUAUAGGAUCCUUAUACCAAGUCAGACCAUUGGUUCAUUUAGCUCAGUAUUGUCUGCACUGACUUCCAGGAUCUCAUGCAAGGGGUGUUCCUGGCCCUACCUGGAGAUAGCGGGAAUUGAACUCAGGUACUUCUGCAUGCAGGGCAGACACCUUACUUCUGAGUUACGGUCCCUCCCCUAGAUUUCCUGCCCUUGUUUUGCAUCUUCAGGUAAAGAAAAAUAAAAUAGCUGCCAUUGAUAAUGGAGAUGUCUGCACUGGAAAAUGGCUUAAGUGGGGUGUUAGAAAUGCAGAUUUAUAAGCUCAUCUCCAAAUGGCACCUUAAACCUAGUUUACAAUCGCUGCCAUGAAUUGUCUGGCACCAUUUUUAAAAAAUGAAAUUUAUUGCUGCUGUUAUUAUUCAUUUCACUUUCAUACCGCUUUAUACCGUAUUGGCCCAAAUAUAAGCCGCACUCCCGCCCCCCCAAAUUCCGACCGUGAAAAGUUAAAGUGCAGCUUAAAUUUGCGAACUUACAAAAAUUGGCUUUUCCGAUAUCGCUGCUGAAACAGACAUACGGUAAAACAGAAUGGGUGUGAGUGCCUGUGGAACUUUAAGGAACCGGCUCAUAUUUGGGUAUUGUUUCCACCACCACCUUGAAUUUUAAAGGUGUGGCUAAUUUGCGGGUGCAGCUUACAGGAAAAAUCUCAAAGCAGUUUACAGCACAUUAAAACAUCGAAUAAACCAAUCCAGAAUAAAAUAAAACAAAUUCAAGCUUCAAGGAAAAUAUUUGAGAUCCUUCUCUAAGUGACAUUUUGCUUUCCCUAUAUAUUUUUUUAACCUACGUGAUUUAUAUAGCUGCCCCGUUAACAGAAGUACUGUAGGAAGCCAGUAUGGUUCAGUGGUUAGAGUGUCAGACUAGGACCUGGGAGAUCAGGGUUCAUAUCCCCACUCAGUCAUGAUGCUCAAAGGGUAACAUGGGGCCAGUCACAGCCUCUUAGCCUAGCUCACAGGGUCGUUGCAGGGAUUAACUCUGGAGGGGGUGAACCGUGUACUCCUUGGAGAAAAAGAUGGGCUGUAAAUGCAGUAUAUAAGCUCUUCUGCUUGUCUGUUUAAGAAAGCUGGAGGCUGCAGCCAGAUAGAUGUCAGUCGCUAGUCCACCUGUGAAUGAGUUAAUGAAAUUAGGGUGGGGGAGAUGCCUGCUUAGUCCCAAUUUAAUUUCACUAAAGCUGAGCAUCUUAAAGGUAGGAGAAUGGGCAAGGUGAAGCAAGAGUAAGCCAAGUUCACUGUUUGCUGUUAAGACUUCUUAAACCUCCCCAGGCCGCACAGAGGUCCUUUUCUGAAUGCCCAGACCGUGUUAAGCCUUACAUCAAAACUUUACAUUCUCCCUUCCCAUUUCACUUUUCAGCUUUUACCCCCCGGCACCAGGGAAAGGGAGCGCUCUGCGGUGGGAUGGGAAGAAGUUCGAAGAGAUCCCAAUAGCUCACAUCAAAGCUACAUAUAACAAGUAAGUGGCACGUUUCUCCAUCUGUGGUGGAUUUGCCCCGAGCCUGCAGAUUGGGGUGAGGAUCUGUCCCCCUUUAGUGAUGGGGCUGAAUAAAGACAACAUGGAAAUGUCUGAGGUGAGAGCCAACCUGACUUAACUGUGGAUGGUUUUACACAACGUUUUGCAAAAAAUAUAUCAAAUGGGGCCUUUGUUUAUUCAUGCCAUUAAGGUUCUAUAUGACGCAGGAGGCACUGUGGUGUAAACAACAGAGCCUAGGGCUUGCCGAUCAGAAGGUCGGCGGUUCAAAUCCCCACAAUGGGGUGAGCUCCCGUUGCUCGGUCCCUGCUCCUGCCAACCUAGCAGUUCAAAAGCACAAAGUGCAAGUAGAUAAAUAGGUACCACUCCAGUGGGAAGGUAAAUGGUGUUUCCGUGCACUGCUCUGGUUCGCCAGAAGCAGCUUAGUCAUGCUGGCCACAUGACCCGGAAGUUGUCUGCGGACUAACACCGGCUCCCUCGGCCUAUAGAGCGAGAUGAGCAGGCAACCCCAGAGUCGUCCACAAUUGGACCUAAUAGUCAGGGGUACCUUUACCUUUGAGGUUCUAUAUAAAGAAAAUUAUUCACUGGUUCACACUAAUUCCUGUAAUUCUGUGAGACUCAUGAGCAGGACUAAAGAGGGAUGCCCCCAUCUCCUUCCCCCCAAUUAUUUGCUGUAUGUUUAGAACCAUUGGCUGUAGCCCUCUGUAAUAUUAAAAAUCUACAAGGAUAUUGAAUUGUUGUUUAUUUCCUUGACAUCUGGUGGGAGGACAUUCCACAGGGCGGGUGCCACUACCAAGAAGGCCCUCUGCCUGGUUCACUGUAACCUCACCUCGCAGUGAGGGAACCGCCAGAAGGCCCUCGGAGCUGGACCUCAGUGUCUGGGCUGAACGAUGGGGAUGGAGACGCUCCUUCAGGUGUAUGACGAAGGGGGUGGAGCAGUUUCCGCUGUGAGGUUACAGCAUUUGGGUUUCUUUAGUCUAGAGAAAAGGCAAGCGAGGAGUGACGUGACAGAAGUCUGGAAACCAUGCCCUCUUCUCUUCCCUCUUUGCAGCACUCACAUCCUGAUCACCUCUCAUGAGAACGUCGCCUUGACCCUGUCGACCUGCGGUAGCGAAGGGUUCAAGAGCGCCAGGAAGGCCACCGCCAUUGCGGCACAGACCACGGGGAUCGCAGUAGCAGCUGUGAGUGAAAUCCAAGUCGCGGCACCCCUGGAGGCAAAGGUUUUCCUGAUGGGGAAGGGCGGGGCCAGUUUUACCGCUUGGACAGAUCUUCUUGAUGCAGGCGGGGAAUCCCAGUGUGUUGGCUCUGUGUUAUUUGCACAGAGCUCCUCACUUGCAUCCUGCACCUAAAUGAUGACCACAAAACUCUUUGCACAUUUAAAGAGCUGUAAUAUAUGCGGGUGGCGCUGUGGGUUAAACCACUGAGCCUAGGGUUUGCCGAUCAGAAGGUUGGCGGUUCGAAUCCCCGCGACGGGGUGAGCUCCCGUUGUUCGGUCCCUGCUCCUGCCAACCUAGCAGUUCGAAAGCACAUCAAAGUGUAAGUAGAUAAAUAGGUACCACUCUGGCAGGAAGGUAAACGGCGUUUCUGUGAGCUGCUCUGCUUCACCAGAAGCGGCUUAGUCAUGCUGGCCACAUGACCCGGAAGCUGUAUGCCAGCUCCUUCAGCCAGUUAAGCGAGAUGAGCGCCACAACCCCAGAGUCGGUCACGACUGGACCUAAUGGUCAGGGGUCCCUUUAACUUUACCUUUACUAUAUGCUAGUAUUUUUAUUAGAUGUUAAACUUACUGGUCAUUUGUCACCCAAAAAGUCUCCAAGUGACAUUGAAAAAAAUAUUCAUAAAUAAAGUGAUACCUCGGUUUUCGAACAUCUCUGUUGAGAAACAUUUCGGUUUUCGAACGCCAUAGACCCGGAAGUAAAUGCUUUGGUUUUCGAACACACCUCGGAAGUCGAACAGGAAACACAGCUUCCGCUGAGUGCAAGAUGCUGAGGCCUCAUUGUUGGCUAUUGAGUUUUUGGUUUUUGACUGUUUCAGAACUCGGAACGGUCUUCCGGAACAGAUUACGUUUGAAAACUGAGGUACCACUGUACAUUGUACUGUAGAAAAGGGGAAGGAGGGGGUCAUAUAACACGUUAAUAUUUGAAGGGGGAUAGCCCCCCCAAUAACGGUGGUAGAAAACAGUGAUAGAAAACAUUGACACCUCCAAGAAACAAAACAGUAUUCCCACCCAGUAACCAGCAGAUGAUGAUGAUGAUAAUAAUAAUAAUAAUAAUACAGUGGUACCUCGGGUUACAUACGCUUCAGGUUACAGACUGUGCUUAUCCAGAAAUAGUACCUCGGGUUAAGAACUUUGCUUCAGGAUGAGAACAGAAAUCGUGCUCUGGCGGUGUGGCAGCAGCAGGAGGCCUCAUUAGCUAAAGUGGUGCUUCAGGUUAAGAACAGUUUCAGGUUAAGAACGGACCUCCAAAAUUAAGAAUUAAGUACUUAACCCGAGGUACCACUGUAAUAACAACAACCACCUCCAUUAGUUUGUCAGCCUGUGAUUUUGCUAUUGAAAUCUUCCCCUCUCCACCCAGAAGACAUUGGAGCCCUCAAUUCUCGGCAAGAUCUUGAUCACAAAGAUGUUUGCAUGAGCGAUAGAAAACAAGCCGUUGGUUCAGUGGCAAACCCAGGCUUGUAGCUGCAUAGUGUAAAAGGAAAUAUCUGAGUACAGUACUAAAGCCAGUGAGAAAAGGGCUGCAGGGAUCACUCUCUCGUUGAAACAGAGCCCCCUUCUUAUUUGGGGGCUCAUUCCCUCACUUGAUUGACUCAUAACCCUAUUUAGUUUUGUACAUAGUUUCAAGAUGAAAAUUGGUUUUCUCCUACAUCUAGUUCAGUCCAGAGUGCUUGUGAAGAGCUUCUGCGCAGAGAUGAUGGAUGUGUAUUGUCAGUUCUUGGUGUCCCAAGGGUCUUGCUAACAGCUUUCUGGGUGUUGGUGUAUGUUUUAAGUGGGCUCAGAAAACGGGAAUGAGCAUUAUAAAGGGAAAAGUUCCAGUGUGCCUUGAAACGGGUGACUUAUAUUGAGCACUGGUCCUGCUCAUUGAAAUUAAUGGGCCUAAGUCAGCCACAUUCAUUAAAUUCAGUGGGCUUACUCUGAGUAGGACAAACAUGUGACUAUCACCCUAAUUAUUUAUUUCUAUGAUUUGUAUUUACAGUAUUGCUAUAGAAGAAAAGACCACUAAAAUAGCCACUAGAUGGCAACCUUCCCAUAUUAUAUUCAGGGCAUCCCAUAUUCUCUUUAGAAAGUUGCCAGUAGCCAGUUUGGAAGUAGGAGACAUUUAACAGCACCACCAGUAUGGUAGGAUUAAAUGCCCUAGAAUGGAACAUUUCAGUUUUGCAAAUGUAGCAAGUUCUCUCACAUUACAAGGCCAUAAUUCCCGUCCACAGCCUGCUUUCUCUCUCUUUUUUUUUGCAUCUUAAUUCAUAGAAUCAUAGAACUGUAGAGUUGGAAGGGACCCGAAGCGUCAUCCAGUCCGAUUCCCUACAGUUCCCUUCCUCCCAGAAUGCCCUUUUACCAUUAACGCAAUGCGGAUGAUUAUUAUUAUCAUUAAUAAUAAUAAUAAUAAUAAUAACUUAUUAUUUGUACCCCGCCCAUCUGGCUGGGUUUCCCCAGCCACUCUGGGCGGCUUCCAACAAAGAUGAAAAAUACACUAAAAUGUCACAUAUUAAAAACUUCCCUGAAUAGGGCUGCCUUCAGAUGUCUUCUGAAUGUCAGGUAGUUGUUUAUCGCUUUGACAUCUGAUGGGAGGGCGUUCCACAGGGCAGGCGCCACUACAGAGAAGGCCCUCUGCCUGGUUCCCUGUAGCUUGGCCUCUCGCAGUGAGUGAACCGCCAGAAGGCCCUCAGAGCUGGACCUCACUGGAUGAUAGAGAGGAAACCACUACCACUUAGAGCCUAUUUGCACAAGCCCCGUCAGUACCUCUGCAACUGCAAAGCUUUUUUCCUGCGGUUUCCAAUCCAUCACCAUUAUAUAAAAAAAGAUACAGUGGUACCUUGGGUUACAGAUGCUUCAGGUUACAGACUCCGCUAACCCAGAAAUAGUACCUCAGGUUAAGAACUUUGCUUCAGGAUGAGAACAGAAAUCAUGCAGCGGCAGUGGGAGGCCCCAUUAGCUAAAGUGGUGCUUCAGGUUAAGAACAGUUUCAGGUUAAGAACGGACCUCCGAAAUGAAUUAAGUACAUAACCAGAGGUACCACUGUAAUUCCCUUAUCUGUGGUUUCUUAGAACAGGCCAAGGGCCCAUCUAGUCCAGCAUUCUGGCCUCCAAGGGGCCGGCCAGAUGCCUCUGGGAUGCUCACAAGCAGAACUUGGAAGGCGUCAUAACUUUUCCCACCUUCAGUUCCCAACCACUCUUACUCAGAGGCAAUAUGGUCUCCGACAGAGAAGGUACAACAUGGCCAUUGUGGUUUACUAGCUGUCAAGAGCCUCCAUGAAUUUGUCUACUCUUCUAAAGCCAUCCGAGGUGUUGGCAAUCCCUGCCUCUUGUGGCAGUGAGUUCCACAGCUCAGCUGUGUGAAGAAAGAUUUGCUUGCCUUCCUCCUGCCAAUGUUCUGCUUUGUUGAAUGGCUCCGGAAUGUAACAUUACCGAAGAGGGAGGAGAACUACUUCUUAUCUACUUGGUUCUCAACAUCCCAUUGUCUUAUCACGUUGCUCCUCACUCACCGUUUUUCCUAAGCUGAAAAGCCCUGCCAAGGAUUGUAACCUUCCCUCGGAUGGUAGCUGCUUUCCUAAGCCGCAUUUGUUGUGCUUCUCAGUUUUAUGCAACUCCUAAAACCUUCCUUGCAGUCAAGAUCUAGCCACUCUGCUCUCUCUCCCUCUUCACCACCAAGCAGCUGCUCAGUUGCUGACUUCCAAUUCUUCCUAAAGAAAUCAUUAAUCCAUUGUGCCGUAGUGGUUAGAGCAUUGGACCCGGACCCGGGUGACCAGGGUUCGAAUCCCCACCAAAGUCAUAAAGCUCAUUGGGAGAUUUGCUCUCAGCCUCACAGACCUCACAAGGCUGUUGGAAGGUUAAAACAGAGGAGGAGGAGAACGAAGCACUGCACCUGGAGCAUUUUGGAGGAAAGGCAAAUAAGUAUGUAAAUAAAUAUAUAGAAAGAAAUAUGACCAUCAAAAUGACAGACACAAUCCUAAAAUUGUUUGCUUUCCACCACCCCCUCAACCAUAGAAUUUCCCCCCUUCAUCAUUCCUGAUAUGGAGAGAGCUCUACUCACAAGCCACUGUAUUCUGGGGGCAUGUUGAUAAUAAUAAUAAUAUACUUAUCAUUAUAGUAUUUCAGGUACUGACCCUAAACAGGAAGGUUUGUCUCUAGGAGGUUGCCCACCUCAAUGACAUUCAAAGCUCAUGCUCUUGUUGUAAGCCUGAGGGACUGUCUUCGUAUAGAUUUAGUAAGCUGCUCCGGUGGGGAGGGGUGAUUUUUGGCUCAAGCACAAUGUGAAGAUGCUUAAAAACAAUCCAGGCAAGACACAGACCAACCUGGCCCCAUCCACUGACCAGAUAAGGAGCAGCUUGCUUUCCUCUUCCCUCCCUGUUCCAUUUUCCUUUGAUGAGAUGUCUAUGAGAGCAUGACCUUGCUGGCAGGGACAGUCUUAAUAUAUGCAGUGCUCAGAAAAUGUCAGGUGCUUGAGAACUGUUUAAUAACAACAGCAAACGUGGAGACCGAACAUGGGGGUGGCUCUUUGGCUAAAUGUGCAAAACGUCUUCGUUUUCCCCACCCAGAAAGCAUCGGCGAAGGGUGUGUCCCACGUCCGAGUUGUGGUGAAAGGCCUAGGACCUGGCCGCCUGGUAAGUGCCUGCGUUUCCUUACUGAGGAUUCUCGUUGGUCCUGCUGUGCUCAUUGAAAUUAAUGGACAUUACAAGCUUAAGUCCAUUCUAUUUUAAUCCACCCUGGGUGCUGUUGGUGCAGAUGGCACAUUACAGGGUGGCAAAAUAGAAGAAGGCAAGUCUCUGCCCUUGCCCCCAAGGAACACACAGCCUUUUACAUUUUGAAAGCAGGAGAGAUGCAAAAUGAAAAGGUAGAAGCAGAAACAAAUGUGGGGGACGGACAUUAGCUGAUUGUUUCAGUUGAUGGUGAGGACCAGUGGGGAUUGUCAAGAACUUAUAUGGCUCAAGACACAGUUCUAGGGUGAAACUUUCCUUAAAACGUGCCUUUGCUAAUUUAUAUGCAUAGGUGACUCUGGGAAAUGAAGGGCCAAGAAAUUUUUCCAUUGAGAAACGGACCUGUGGCAAAAGAAGUAGCCUCAAUUUGGAGUCUUGUUUCCGCCUGAACUUGCUGGCCACUGAGCCUCCCCAUCUCUCCUUAGCUGCUGUUCAUUCUCCCUGGGGCACCUUCCUUAUAAAUCUUUAGGCGCCAGGCAAAAGCAUUCCUCUUCAACCAGGCCUUCAGCUGAUUAAUAUUCUACAGCCUUUAAAAUGUGGUUUGGGGGGGGUAUUGUAAGGGACACGGGUGGCGCUGUGGGUUAAACCACAGAGCCUAGGACUUGCCGAUCAGAAGGUCGGCGGUUCGAAUCCCUGUGACGGGAUGAGCUCCCGUUGCUUGGUCCCUGCUCCUGCUAACCUAGCAGUUUGAAAGCAUGUCAAAGUGCAAGUAGAUAAAUAGGUCCCGCUCUGGCGGGAAGGUAAAUGGCGUUUUGGUGUGUUGCUCUGGUUCGCCAGAAGCAGCUUGGUCAUGCUGGACACAUGACCCAGAAGUUUUACGCCGGCUCCCUCAGCCAAUAAAGCGAGAUGAGCGCCGCAACCCCAGAGUCAAUCACAACUGGACCUAAUGGUCAGGGGUCCCUUUACCUUUACCUUAUUGUUCUCUCGUUUCUGUUUUAACUACUUAUUUGUGGUUUGAUCUCAUGUUUUUAUCUUGUGAACCGCCCUGAGAUCUUUUGUUUAAGGGCUGUAUAUAAAUCUAAUAAAUAAAUAUAUAUUUUCCCCUUCCCACACCCCUGAAGCAGUUAGGCUUGGGGUGGAGAAUAGACCCUUCUAUUGGGAACCUAUAGAAGAGUUGUGUCUCCCACACUAAAGCCUAAUUGUCAUACAAAGGGUGCCAUUUUCACAGGGGCCACAGCACACGGGGAGAAGCCUUCCCUCUCCCACUGUAGCCCCCCCUGAAAACAUCCCCGCCUACCCCCAAGCUGUAAUUAAGCAUGGAGAGAGGGGAACUUUCGCUUGGCUCUAAUAGAAGGAUUUCCCCCACAAACCAAACUGCAAUAGAGGGGAAGAGGGUAGAGAGGACACCACAGACCGGAUUAGAAGGUGGUCAGGGAAGGUCUUGGGUUCAAUAUGCAGCAUCUUAUUCAUCUAUUGCAUUUAUAUCCCGCCUUUUUCUCCUCAACAACCCUGUGGGGUAGGGUAGGCUGGGAGGCAGUGGCUGACCCAAGCCUCAUGGCCAAGCUGGGAUUUGAACCCUGGUCUUCCAGAUCCUAGUCAGCCACUCGAACCGCUACACUACACUGGCUCAUCUCCAGGUGAGGCUGGGAGAACCGCUGCCAAUCAGUGUGUAGACCCAGGAUUCCCCAACCCCAUGCCCUCCGUCUGUUGUGGACUACAGUUCUUAUCAUCCCCAGGCAGUAUGUCCAGUGGUCAGGGAUGGUGGAAGGUCUGGAAAGCCUGAUUUUGACAAUAAAGUGGUCUGAUUCCAUAUAAGGCCCAAUCAGCACUCCGCUUUAAACAAUCAUGGCUUCCCUCCCAAAGAACCCUGGGAAGUGUAGUUUGUUAAGAGUUGUUAAGACUCCUCCUUCUUCUCACGGAGCUGAGUUCCUGGGGAACUCUUGAGAAUUACAGCUCCGAGAGGGGAGCAGGGGGGUCUCCUGGCAACUCUCAGAACCUUUAACAAACGGCAUUUUGAGGGGAAGCCAUGAUUGCUAAAUUGGAAACCACAGUGUGUUUCUUUUUUAAAAGGUAUAGUGCCGAUGGGGCCUGAGUCAGCUUCUCUCUCAUCUUCCCAUGCAGGAAGCGAAAUGUUGUGUUGUCUGAAGGGUGGAAAAAACACUCGUCUCUCUCUCUCUCUCUCUCUCUCUCUCUCUCUCUCUCUCUUUCAGGCAGCCAUCAAAGGACUUACCAUGGGUGGCUUGGAGGUGAUUUCCAUCACAGAUGACACCCCAAUCCCACACAAUGGCUGCCGGCCUCGAAAGGCACGAAGACUGUGAACCAGGAGCAGAGAGUCGAAAAGAGAGAGGAAGAGAGACUAUGUUUGGGGCUCGUGCAAGUCUGCUUCUGAUGCGCCUCCUGUAGCCAUCUUGAGGGGGCAGCGCUACCUGCCCAUUAUUCCUCUGUCAAAAUGUCAAAAUGGAGAUGGCCUUGAGCUUAGCCCAGUCACAGAACAAGCAAGCGGCUGUUUUUAUCAUUCAAACAAGUCUUGCCUAUAAAAUCUGUAGGUUAAAGUUGCCGCCUCUAAAUGUCUCCUUUCUCAGGCUGCCACAUUUUUAUUUUACUCUAUUUUCCCUCUGGAAUUCCCCAGGAAGAGGGAUUGAUGACCAAGCCACACUUGUCACUUGCUGUUCUGUGAAGGAAGCAGGGGGUCAUAUCCCUACGUUUAAAGCCCACGGCUUCACCCCCAAAGAAUCCUGGGAAGUGUAGUUUGCGCCUUCUCAGAGGUGCGGUUCCCAGAACCUUUAGCGAACUACAUUUCCCAGGAUUCUUUGGGGGUGAAGCAGUGUGCUUUAAAUGUCUAAUGUGGAGGAGAGUCUCUUGUCCAAAGAAGACCGGAAGGAGGUAGGGCUGUUCCUGGAACUUCUCAGGGAAUUGGAGUGGGUGGGUGUGAGAGCAUGCCACAAUUUGUUUCCCUACACCCUGCCACGCAGCUCGGAAGGUAGGUUGCUCCCAGUCCCCCCUCCCCAGUUCCCCAGUUUAAACAGCCCUGUUAUCUGUUCCCGAUAACCUCGCAGCUGCGACCCACAAAUGUUGACCAUUGCAGCUGGGAGGUUGGCUGAUUACUCAAAGCCAGCCUUGCAAGAAAGCUGAGCAGAGCCGAUGCUUAUAGUUAAUGAACAGCCAGCAAACAUACUUUGUUUUGUCAUGAGCGCUAAUGGGGCGUAGAUUGCUCCCCUUCGGUCCAGCUGCCAGCUCCAAAGUGAAUGUUGUUGUGUCUGACUCCCUCCCCUUGAUGCCAUUAUUUUUCCUUCUUUGGUUCCUAAUGUUGUAAUCAACUCUGCUCUUCUUUAAAAGAAAGGGUGCCAUGGCAACCAGGCAGCCAUUUUAACUCCUGACUGCCCUUGUUAUGCAUUGCUGAAAAAAGCGACUCUUUUCCCUCCCUCCCCAACUUUUCUUGCUUCUCUUUUUUUAUUUAUUUGUGUUUGCAGAGAGGGGAAGGAUUGGAAUCAACUUGUUUUGCUUUAAGGCAGGUACAGAGAUGGGGUUUGGAUUUGAACCGGUUAGGAAGAAUGCAAAAUGAGCGCAGUGGCCCACCCAGUCAGGACCGCAAUAUCACAAGGACCAGCUCCCCCCAUAUGAACAGACCUGGACCCUGCAGUCAUUAUCUGAGACCCUUCUUCAUGUGCCUCCUCUGCGACAGGGUCUGGAGCACAGCAACACGAGAACAGGCCUUCUUGGUGGUAGCUCCCCGCUUGUAGAAUGCUCUUCCCAGGAAGGCCUACGUGGUGCCUUCAUUACAUCUCUCUAGGCACCAGGCAAAAACAUUUCUCUAAAACCAGGCCUUUGGCUGAUUCAACAAGACCUCCUGCACCCACGAUAUGAAACCUAAGUUGCCCACAAGGGUGCAUGUCAAAAUUUGAACGCAGUUCUAUUCCUGAAAACAACCCAAGUGUCUUUGGGCUCCUUAAAAGACAAAGGACUACAUUUGAUCAGAUGUGUGAUUUUCAGGUACAUAUAUACACAUCUGUGGGAAGAAGGCAGCAAUUGUAAGAAGUGAAGUCGGAGAUGCAGAAAAGUACAGUGAUAAUCUUUCACUUAACAGAAAUAAUUCACAGAAUGGUACACAGAAUUCCUGGCACUGGUAAGCCAAUUAACACACAACAUAGGCUAAAAAAAAAAAAUUAUUAUUUUUUGUUCUAUCCAGAGCUCUUUUUGCAGCUGGAACUCAGUUCCAGCACCUCUCAGGUGGGCGCCAUUGCCAUUAUAAGAGAACAAGGGAGGCGUUCAUGAUGAGUUUUGGCAGCGGAAGUUUGUUGCAGAAUAUGAUACGCAAGCUGGUUGCCUUUGAAUCUGUUCCACAAUAGCACAACUUCCUGUAAUGAGUUUCUGCUAGCACAGCUGUCACACUGAAUUCCUCUGUUGCACAACAUCAAAACGCAUCCUGCCACAAGUGGACAGAAAACCCAAGUCUCUCUUCAAUCCACUAGCAUAAAAACACCACACUGUUUCAGAGGUGAACGCGUGAACAUCCCCAAGAUGCAGCCCUUCAGCUUUCCCCUUUUAAAAUAGCACUGUUAACAUUUGUGUAAGCCACAAAGCUCGGCCUGGCAAGUCAGCCUGUCUCAGUGAGGAACGUGGCCCAUUAUUGCCUGGGAGCAAUCUGGUGCCUGCCCUUCUAUACAUUUGUGUUUGCUUUGCUCUUCAGAUCCUUGUGCAUCUCUCGCUUGGGCAAAGGCGGGCUUGUUACCUUUCCAGCUGCCCAUCAGGCCAGGGAAAUGUAACAUCUUGACAUGUUUGCUUCCUUGCAGAUCCUCCAGCUCAGCAUAAUCUCCAGUAGGGGUUUGUAAACAUCGGCCUCUCUGCCUUUGUCUUUCAGACUUAGUGGGGUAUCUUGUGACUCCAUGGCAGCACUAUGGCUAACAAAGAUGAGCUCCUGAGAACUUUCCUAUACUGUACUCUGGAACUGGCUAUAGCUAAAGAACAUCCUUUUUUUUCUCCUAGCCCUUAUGCUGCUGUCAAAUUCCCCCUCCCUUUUUUGAAAACUAACCCUAUUUUGGGAUUCACUCACAUUAAGUUGAACUUUUGGUUCAGUACUAAUUUGAAGUAGCUUUGCAAACUGCAGUUUGUUGUGAUCACCAAGGUGUGGUGCGACAUUUUCAACUGUCAAAGUGUCCUGACAGACAUUGUCUCACCACAAAAAGCCACUGUAGAACUGGAAAUAGUAAGUGAAUCGAAAAGAAAAGCAAUGAGGAAGCGCAGUCUAAACCAUGGUUUGCCUGUUGUACUUUUGGAAGCGCAGACCAUGGUUAUUCUAAACCAGGCAUCCCCAAACUUGUCCCUCCAGAUGUUUUGGGACUACAACUCCCAUCAUCCCUCGCUAACAGGACCAGUGGUCAGGGAUGAUGGGAAUUGUAGUCCCAAAACAUCUGGAGGACCAAGUUUGGGGGUGCCUGUUCUAAACUAUGGUUUGCACAAACUAUGGCUUAGCAGGCUGUCUGAACUUUGCCUCUGCCAUUAAGCCAUGAAGAAGGACCUGAGUUAAGCCUGCCACCAACAUCCCUAAAGUUUUUUAAUGUAGUUUGCAAAAGUGGUGUUUUGCUGUUUGAUCUUUUCCACUCAGCCUUCUUUGAACUACUCUCACUGGCUGCUCAACUUGUUGAUGGCGGGGGGGACGGGACCCUACAUACUGUAAUCAAUAAUCAACUUGAUUUGCCUCACCAGGUUGUUUUGCGAGGAAGGGUGUGGUAUAAAAUAAAUAAUACCUAUUAAGUAAAAUUGAGGAGGAACUAUGAAAGGGGAAAAUAAUUGUGCCAAGUCAAUCAGCAAUAGUUUUCUUUUAAAAAUAAAAUCAAAGCUAGUUGUC